AUGAAAAAAUUUGUAAGUCUUGAUUCAAAUAUUGUUAUGUCGUUUCCAGAUUCAAAUGUUCCUGAAAGACCAAUUGCAUAUGCAUCACGAGUAUUGUCAAACAGUGAAUGCAAAUUUCCACAAAUCGAAAAAGAAGGUCUAGCCAUAAUUUUUGGUGUUCAAAAAUUUUACGAUUAUUUAUACGGUAGAAAAUUUACAUUAGUUACUGAUCACAAACCGUUAAUCCACAUAUUUGGAGAAAAAAAAGGAAUACCAAUUUAUGCGGCAAAUCGCUUACAACGUUGGGCAUACGUUCUUUCUUCAUUCGAUUUUGAAAUUAAGUAUAUUAAAUCAGAAGGAAAUACUGCUGACUUUUUAUCACGCAUUAAAACAAACCAAUGCAACAAUAAUAUUAAUGAAUAUGAUGACGCUCACAUCAAUUUUAUUCACGAACAGUCACCAUUUCCGCUAGAUUGGCACAAAAUUAAAAUUGAAACGAAAAGAGAUCCAAUUACCUCUAGAGUAUUACACGCUACAAAAACAGGUUCAUGGAGUAAUGACUUUUCAAUAAAUUCCGAAUUAAACUCGUAUAAUACACGCAAAAUAGAAAUUACUGCUGAACAAGAUUGUUUAUUUUGGGGCUAUAGAGUAAUCAUACCAACCAAAUUCCGUAAGUCAAUUCUAACUGAACUGCAUUCUUGUCAUAUUGGCAUGUCGAGUAUGAAAAGCAUUGCGCGUUCGUAUUUCUGGUGGCCUAGUAUAGAUAAAGAAAUUGAGGAUAUGGCCCGAAACUGCAAUGAAUGCAUAAAUGCGAGACCUAAUCCUCCUAAGUCAGUACUAACUCCGUGGAAAUGGCCACAAAGACAAUGGACGAGAGUGCAUUGCGAUUUCUUAGGUCCGUACAAAAACAAAACAUUCCUAAUUAUUGUCGAUGCAACCACAAAGUGGCUAGAAGUUUUUCAAGUAAAUUCGAUGACAGCACAAACGGUCAUAACAAAACUGUCUGAGUUAAUUGCACGUUUUGGCAUUCCCAGAACAAUAACAACUGACAAUGCAAAAUGUUUUAAUGGCGAUGAAUUCCAGUCAUAUUGCAAGACACUAGGUAUCAGGCACUUGACAGGGGCACCUUUCCACCCAGCCUCAAAUGGAUUUGCCGAAUCUGGAAAAUACUGUACACUCAACCACAAAUGA